AUGUCUGAACCCGACCCUUCAUCUGGAUUUUCAGGAAGUGUGGAGAAUGGAACUUUCCUUGAGCUGUUUCCCACAUCACUGUCCACAUCAGUGGACCCGUCCUCAGGCCACCUGUCAAAUGUCUACAUCUAUGUGUCCAUAUUCCUCAGCCUUUUGGCGUUUCUGCUUCUGCUUUUAAUCAUUGCCCUCCAAAGGCUCAAAAAUAUCAUCUCCUCCAGUUCCUCCUACCCAGAGUAUCCAAGCGACGCUGGAAGUUCUUUCACCAAUUUGGAAGUCUGUAGUAUUUCCUCUCAAAGAUCCACUUUUUCAAACCUUUCAUCAUGA